AAUGAAGCAGCAGUUGGGCGAGUAGAAAAAUACUAUUCAUUCAAGACUGAAAAAUAUCAAAAUAAAUCGCCAAAAUCGGACAUUUUACGAUCAGACAACCAACUAUGGAUGUUCUGCACCGACCAAGUGCUCAAGUCCAUGUUUCUUGUCGGAUCCUUUAAGCCAAGGACAAGGUGUCCCGGACCGGAAGUCCCAGGUAUAAACUCCAUCACCCUACGUGGUCAGACAUUUGACGAAUGUCAUAGGAUGACCACUGCUGGUGGGGUGCAUCUGUCUGUGCUGUCCUCUCUCCUGGCCGCGCUGGGGGCCCUGGCCGCUGUGUCCGCCCUGGCCGUGGCUCCGCUCUCCACCCUGGCCAACCUUGCCUACGGGGCUGCCGACGUCACCCCGGUUCCCGGGGUAACGGCAGCCCCGUCGCCCUCGCCGUGCUCCAGCCUGGUCGCCGGGGUGCUCUAUGGCUCUUUCUCCCUACGGGAGCUUUUCCCCUCCAGGGCUCCGGGUUGUUCCUGGUCCCUAGAAAACCCGGACCCCACCAAGUACUCCCUCUACCUCCGCUUCAACCGCCAGCCGUCCAUCUGCCGGACUCACUCCCCCAUGCUGCUGUCCCUGGAUCACCACCUGGCCAAUCAGAGCUGCCCGCUCCACUUGGAGACGGCGCCCGAGCGGGAUCAGGAGGUGGUAGAUCUCUGCAGUAGCCCGUUCGACGCGGACGCCCCCUACUCCUUCCUGCAGUUCGAUAAGAACUUUGUCCAGCUGUGUCUAACCGGGCACCCGGCCGCAGACGAGCCUCGGCUGUCCAAGGAUUUAUUGGAGACCAGACUAGUGGAGGUGCUACUCAUCAACAACGAGAACUCCAGUCAGUUCACCUGCGGCGUGCUCUGUAAAUGGUUCGAGGAGUGUUUUCGGAGCGGGGACCGCAGAGACGAGGGUGUUCUGACCCGAGACGGCUGUGGUCUGACCCAAACAGGCUGCAUAUGCCCAAACCAUAACAUCAUGCCGCCUUCCGUCCCGCUGCUCCCGGAGACGCCCCACACCUUCAGCAACGGAUCGACAGUUCCCGACGACUGCUGUGUCACGGAGCUGCAUUCCAACGACGCCAUCGCCAUCGCACCCAGAGACGUCAGAGAAGACCCGUACGACGACGACGACCUGAAGGUGAAGACGCAAAGACCAAGAUCAGCUGACCAGCCAGGUGUGUUUCAGGCACAAACAGGCGACCCAGCGGCCGAGGAGUGGUCCCAGUGGAGCGUGUGUUCCCUCACAUGUGGCCACGGCUGGCAAGUGAGGACGCGCUCGUGUGUUUCCUCUCCUUACGGGACGCUGUGCAGCGGCGCCCUGCGAGAGACGCGCAUGUGCAACAAUACUGCUUCCUGUCCGGGCGAACCAGGGAUCAUAAGCUCAGUGCAUGGGCUGUGGGACGAGUGGUCCUCGUGGAGUCUGUGCUCCGCGACCUGUGGGCGGGGCUCCAGGACUCGGACCAGGAAGUGUGUGAAGGAAGGCGGGGCGGUGCCCUGCGGAUGGCCCGAGACACAGACCAAGCUCUGCAACAUAGCCGUGUGUCCCGUGGAGGGCAAGUGGUUGGAGUGGGGCCCCUGGUCAAGAUGCAGCGUCUCCUGCAACACGGGCACCCAGCAGCGGCAGAGACGCUGCAGCGCCUCCGUGCACGGCUGGGCCGAGUGCAAGGGCCCCCAUCAGGAGAGCAGAGAGUGCAGCAACCCUUCAUGCACUGGAGGGGGCAACUGGGGCAGCUGGAGCCACUGGAGCCUCUGCAGCAAGACCUGCGACUCGGGCUGGCAGCGGCGCUCCAGGGUGUGCGAGGGCCAGGGGGCCCCGGGGUACCCCUGCGAGGGCUCGGCGGAGGAGGUCCGGUCCUGUAACGAGAAGAAAUGCCCCGCUCCUCAUGAGAUCUGCAAGGAGGAGAACAUCCUGAGCAUAUCGUGGAAGAGAGCCUCUGCUGGAGAAAGUGUUUACAACAAGUGUCCAACAAACGCUACUGGAUCUGCUAGUCGUCGUUGCCUGCUGGACAAUAAUGGAGUUGCUUUCUGGGGUCCUCCGAGCUUCGCCAGAUGCAUCUCACUUGAAUAUCGAUAUUUGCACAUAUCUUUACGAGAGCAUCUCGCGAAGGGUCAGAGGACCCUGGCCGGGGAGGGCAUGUCUCAGAUCGUAAGAAGUCUCCUGGAGCUCUUGCAGGGGAGGAGCUACUACAGUGGCGACCUUCUCUUUUCCACGGAGAUCUUGCGAAAUGUGACGGACACCUUCAAAAGAGCAACCUACAUCCCAGCUCCUGACGACGUGCAGAAAUUCUUCCAGAUAAUCAGCCUGAUGUUGGACAUGGAAAACCUCGACAAGUGGGAGGAUGUGCAUCAGGUCGCUCCCGGUGCUGCCUUACUGAUGAGAACUCUGGAAGAUUUCAUCCAUCUCAUCGGCGAGGCCCAAAAGCCUUUUCAGAGUUUCCUGGUGGUGACCAACAACCUGAUGAUAACCAUCCAGCGAGAGCCUGUGUCAGCAGUUUCCAGCGAUAUUAACUUCCCCAUGAAGGGCCGCAGGGGGAUGAAGGACUGGGCCAGGACAGCCGAGGACAAGCUCUACAUACCCAAGGAGGUCUUCACCGUCCCAAAUGAAGAGGCGGAGACGGACUCGGAGGCGACCAUGUACUACGUCAUCGGCGCCAUCUUGUAUCGAACCUUGGGCGCCAUUUUGCCACCACCAAGCCAACCGGCCGUGAUCAACUCCAAGAUCCUGACGGUGACGAUCCGACCCGAGCUGCAGCCCAGGGAUCCCGUGGUGGUGGUGGAGCUCGCCACGCUUUUCAACGGCACAUCCGAUCCUCAGUGCGUGGUGUGGGACUACAGCAGCCCGGAAGCUGGCGCCGAGAACUGGGGCACAGAAGGCUGCCAAACGCUGGCAUCGAGCAGCAUCCAAAGCAAAUGCGUGUGCAGCAGGAUAUCCACCUACGCCGUGCUCGCGCAGCAAGCUAAGGAGCCGGAAAUGGGUCCCACCAGCAUGCCCUCGGUGCCCCUCAUGGUGGGCUGCGGGGUCUCCUGCACCGCCCUCCUCGUCCUGCUUCUUAUCUACGCCGCCUUCUGGAGGUACAUCCGCUCGGAGAGGUCCAUCAUUUUGGUGAAUUUCUGCCUCUCCAUCCUGGCCUCAAAUUUACUGAUUUUGGUGGGACAAUCACAAACGCUCAGCAAGGGCCUGUGUGCCGUGACUGCUGCCUUUCUCCAUUUCUUCUUCCUGGCCUCCUUCUGCUGGGUGCUGACGGAGGCUUGGCAGUCCUACCUGGCGGUCAUCGGCAAAGUGAGGUCACGACUCAUUCGCAAGCGCUUUCUGUGCCUCGGCUGGGGUCUUCCAGCCUUGGUUGUGGCAGUGUCAGUCGGGUUCACCAGAGCUAGAGGCUACGGCACAGCAAGCUACUGCUGGUUAUCCCUGGAGGGAGGUCUGCUGUAUGCCUUUGUUGGACCUGCAGCUGUCAUAGUUUUGGUGAACAUGCUCAUUGGAAUCGUGGUGUUCAACAAGCUCAUGUCCCGGGAUGGCAUCUCAGACAAGUCGAAGAAGCAGCGAGCGGGUGUCCCGGUGGAGGCGCGUAACCGACUGCUGCUGAAAUGCUCCAAGUGUGGCGUGAUCUCGAGCACCGCUAUGUCCAGCUCUACUGCCAGCAGCGCCAUGGCCUCUCUGUGGAGCUCCUGUGUGGUUCUUCCCCUGCUGGCCCUCACCUGGAUGUCAGCAGUGUUGGCCAUAACGGACCGCCGCUCCACACUUUUCCAGGUCCUCUUUGCCGUUUUUGACUCUGUCCAAGGUUUUGUCAUCAUCACCGUGCACUGCGCCAUGCGGCGAGAGGUGCAGGAUGCCAUGCGCUGUCGGAUGGGCGGGUGCAAAGACGACAGCGAAAACUCCCCGGACUCCUGCAAGAACGGACAGGUGCAGAUCAUGAACUACCCGAACGCCGCCUACCCCGGCCAGCGCUGCGGCUCCUUGCGUUACGGCAGCGGCCCGCCGGUGCUGCCGCCAGGGGCGUGCCAGGAGCAGGCCCGUUGCCACAGUCUGCCCCGCAGCCUCGACCACCGCCACGUUCUCGGAUACGCGCACGAGCAGAGCCCCGUCCCCAACAAUACCCACGAUCACAACCACGUCGGCAGCCACGCAACCGACUUUGAGAAGGACGUGGACCUGGCGUGCCAAACAGAGAGAGGACAUCCAUUCAUUUUCAAGGAGGUGAACACGUGUAACCCGGCCACCAUCACCGGCACCUUGUCCCGGAUAUCCCUGGAUGACGACGACGACCCCAAACUCACAGCCCAUCAGGACGGCGGAGUCAACUUCAGCUCUCUCCCUGGCAACAUCCCGCCUCCAACCUCAUCUCUGCAGGUUCCACCGCUCGGAGGUCUCAACGAGCUGAGCGAGACGAAGAAGGAGGUGAACGUGGACCAGCAGAGGCAGCAGCAGCGUUGCGGCGCCCCCAUCUACCUGUGCACCGAGAGUGGCCUCGGGUGGGCUCGGCCGCCCGCCUCCUCCAACACCUCCCAGGAUGGGAGCGCCGGGAGCGGGGGGAGUGGCGGAGGCGGCGGCAGCGGCGGAGAGGGGGACUACAUGGUCCUGCCUCGACGGACAGUCAGCAUCAAGCCUCCAACGCCGUCCUCCCAAGGAAUGGGCCUGGGACUGGGAGGAGAGGACAAGCCUCUCAACAUCGCAGUGGAGGACCCACCUUUCCCGCCUCCCCCCUCGCCGCUGACCCUCCAUCCCGCCGAGAGCGAGGCCUACCCGGCGGAUUUUGUGCCGUCCAGCGUGGGCGACAUGAACAUCAGCAUGAACCUCAACCGCUCGUACGGGACAAUCAAAACGCUGCCGCACGGACACGGCCACAUGAUGGCACAGGCGGGCGGUCUGGUGCGCUCCCACGGGGGCCACGUGCACCCGCAUUCGCUGCAGCUGAAGCCGGGCCAGAGACCGUCAGUGAGACAGAUUCUCACAGGGGGGAGCACGGUGGAGAGAACCAGGACCCUGCCGCGCAACCUGGGCAGCAACAAUGCCAACGCCGGCCUCUCUGCAGGAUCCUUGGAGAGGAAAAGAGUACGAUACUCUGAGCUGGACUUUGAGAAAGUGAUGCACACUCGCAAAAGACACUCUGAGCUGUACCAUGAGCUCAACCACUCCUCCAAGUUCCACACCAUAGACAGGUAUAGCAGGGACCCGGCCAUGUCCACCUUCAAGAGGGAAACGCCAUGGAGCAUUUCGUCUGCUGGAGGUGAAAAGAACUCAUCCAGUGACAAGUCAACCCCGGACGAGCGGACCUCGUGGGACAGCUUCAAGACCAUGACCCCUGAGCUGACCAUGGUGCCGGGCGAGCAGAAAGACCGCAUGGAGCUGCACAAUAAGAACUGGGACUCGUCCUCCGCAAACACGCCGGACUCCUCCGAGGGUGACUUCCAGACUGAAGUGUGAGAACACCCCCUUGUACACACACACACACACACACAUACUCGGACUUGUGGGGAACAAAAGAUGGACUUGACACGCACGUGAGAAGAUGGCACACACACACACGAGCGUGCGCGUGUUCCCGAUGGAUCCUGGGCCCACUUUGUAAAAUGGACACGGAGGAGAAGACUGUUCUAAACUAUAUUUUUCACAGAGACUAUUCAAAAGAAAGAACAGAAACUUGGCACGGCGGACGCCAUUUUUAAGUCGACUAUGUAUUUCAGAGAAAAUGUUUAUCGCGGCCUACAAAAUUUCCACAGAAAAAAAAAAAGUUUGAUGAUUUGCAGAAGAGUGAAGAAAAGAUGUUUUUUUUUUUAUAUAGCGAAGGAAGGGGAAGAAAAGUCUCACUGUUUGCUCCCGCCUCCAAGCACUUUGCUUUCAUUUCUUUCCUCGACCCCUCCAAUGGACGACCCGCUCAACCUCGCCCUCUUUUUUCCUUACGUUUAUAUUGUCUUUGAUUUUUUGUCCUCCUUCAUUUGGGAACAAGCUGCUCACUAACAUGUGCCAUCCUCUUCCUAUUCAGGUCCCACUCCCCCAACAAGUCCCCCGUCUCACACGUGCGCAGUGUUUAACAUUGUAUUCCACAUUUUCUGUCUUUUUCUAUGGCUUAAUUAAAAAAAAAAAAAGGAAGUCCUCCCAUAUGGUUUGAAACUUUUAAUGAAAAAUGAUUGAAACAAG